CUAACAUAUAGAGAUAUUUUAGAUAGAUAAAAUAGAAAAAACAAUAGACAUCAAAUGUCAAAUUCAAGAAUGAUAAAUGAAUUCCAAAAUUAAGUAAUGUGAGGUUAAAUAAUAGAAAAACUGUUACGGGUGAUCAAUUAGCAAACUAAAUGCAAUAUUAUGUGGAAUAGUAAAAGAGGAACCUAUUAAACUAAUUCUAUGGUUCUCUCAUAUAAAUUAGUGUUGUAAAGAUUUGUAAAUGUAUGACUGUAGAAGUAUAAAAGAUGUUUUGCUUAUGGUAAAUCCAUGUGAUACAGUAUUUGGUGGAUGAAAUAUUAAUUUAAUGAAUUCUGCUGAUGCUAUGAAUA